AUGCAGAGAAACUUCGAUACCUUCGCUAUCAAUGAGGACAUUCAACCUUUGAAAAUCGAGCGUGACAAUAAGGGACUGAAAAUCAAGUAUAACCACGAGAGCUUUUACACCUGGGAUUUUCUGAACCAUUACCUAUACCGUAACAGCCGUCCACUGGAAGACAUCAAGUUUAAAUACGGGAUCCAACAAAAUCACCAAGACCCCCCCACAAUCCAAUACAACGAGCUUUUCCCAGAGAAAGACUCCGGUGUCGCCAAGUUGACAAACACGAUUCGUGAGCGAGGCUUCGCCUUCGUCGACGGCGUCCCUUUCGACACGCCCAGCGCCACGAAGGAAGUCCUGGAGAGAAUCGCAUUCAUCCGCGAGACGCACUACGGCGGCUUCUACGACUUCAUCCCCGACAUGGCCAUGGCCGACACGGCCUACACCAACAUCGCCCUCCCGGCGCACACCGACACCACCUACUUCACCGACCCCGCCGGCCUGCAAGCCUUCCACAUGCUUUCCCACGAGGCCCCGCCAGGCAGCGAGCCCUCCGCCGACGGCGAACUAGGCGGCAAGUCGCUCCUCGUGGACGGCUUCCACGCCGCAAACGUCCUCAAGCAGGAGGACGAGAAAGCUUUCGACAUCCUCACCAUGUUGCGCCUGCCCUGGCACGCCAGCGGCAACGAGGGCAUCACCAUCUCGCCCGACAGAUUGUACCCCGUGCUCGAGCUCCAUCCCCUCUCGGGGAAGGUGCACCGUGUGCGGUGGAACAACGACGACCGCGGCGUCGUGCCCUUUACGAAGGAUAUCGCCCCGGAGGAGUGGUACGCGGCAGCCCGCAAGUGGAACGAGAUUCUCAAGCGGCCCGACAUGGAGUUUUGGACGCAGCUCACGCCGGGCAGAGUGCUGAGUAAGUGUGGUCCCCGCAGGUGGAACAGGCUCUAG